CAGUCGCCGAUGGAAGUAAACAAAAACGACGGCGCGUUCGAAAAUCUUCGGGGAUCGUACACGUUGCCCGCGUAAAAGCGCAUUCGUACGUUGCCGGCGCGCGUGCGACUACCGUCGUUGUGUCGGGUUAUCCGCGAUUUCAUGUUUGUUUUUCCAAUAUUAUUGUGCUUAUUCGUCGUGUGGUUCGAAAUUUAUUUUCUUCCCGACUCUUAACGUUCAUUAAGAUGUCAGUCGAGAUAUUGUGUUGAUUAUUUUACAUCAGCUGCUCACCCAAUGGAUAUUAGAUCGACGUAUUCACUUAAGGUACAUCCAUUGCAUAUUUCCAUAGUCGAUACCAAUUUAUAAAAAAUAUGAGACAUAUAACGGCUUACGCAAUACAAAUUCAUCGUUAGAAAAGACCUGGAUCAGACACAAUGUGGGUGAGAUGGACGUUGAUUACAAUGAUCGCGUUUUCAACGACAGGCGUGGCCGAAGGACACGUCAAUUUGACAAUUCGACGGGAAUCAACUGUGCCAUCGUUCGUGAAGGAUAACGACACCGAGUACGACGAAAUGGCCAACUAUACCGAUGAGGAAUAUCACAAUUAUCUGGUCGACUACAUAACACCCCGAAAAUCCGAAUGGGUAUUUAUAGUCAUGCACUCUAUGGUUUUCGUGGUCGGACUUAUCGGAAACGCUUUAGUCUGCGUGGCCGUCUACAGGAAUCGAACAAUGCGAACUGUAACGAACUAUUUCAUCGUUAACUUGGCGGUGGCUGACUUUUUAGUGAUUUUAAUCUGCUUGCCGCCAACUGUGGUGUGGGAUGUCACAGAAACAUGGUUCAUGGGCACUAUAGCUUGCAAAAUGGUUUUGUACUUUCAGGUCAGUGUUUUUUAUUAUCAUUCUCACAUAAUUAGUUUGGUUUUGUAUCAGUGGUUAGGUUGAAGAUAUUUUAUUCGUUGGAAAAGACCUAACUAUAUAAAUAUAAAAUAUAAAUCAACGUCGUUCUUUUAUUGGUAAAACGGUAUUUUUUUAAUGAAGAGCUUUUUAGACAAUAGCAUUUUAACGAUAAAGCUUUGAAUAAAUUAUAAAAAAAAAAUCACCGAAUUUAAUUAAGCUUAAGCUCUUCAUACUUCGUAUUUCAAUUAUUUGUAUGCGUAUUUUAGAUGCAUUUUGUGUUUAAAUUGACACAAUAGUCUGUUUAUUCAUUACUAUUUGAAACAACGGUUCCUAUCUAUUCGUGUACAUACUAACAUAUAGAGGCAUGACUGCAUGAGCUUUUAAGAUGAUAUUCGUUACAAUGAGAUCCAUUUAAGGUUUUAGAGAAUUAUUUGUUUCACAUUGACAUAAUGUAUAUUUUAUACAUACAGUAAAACUUAAUUUAAAUUAAUUACAUUAUGUACAAACUUUUAAUAUUUCAGUAGCGUAUCCCCUUUGAUAUACAAGGCUUAAACACACAAAAUUAUUGGACACAAGUUUGAUUAAAAAAUGUAGUUAAUGUAGUUUAUUGACUAGAUAUUGUGUUAUGUAUUUCACAUAUUAUGACAAUAAACGACUUUGAAAAUGAACAACUAUAUACUCUAUUCCAAUGGUUUUUAACCUUAUUGGAUUAGCUUCCUAGCUAUUUUUAGUAUUCAUUUUUGAAAUUUAUAGCUACCUAUGUAUAAAAUAAAAAGCUGGUUGAUAAAUAUUUAGUGUUAUAUAUGUGUAAAAACGGACAAAAACUGAAUUAACUUAUUAUUAUUAUUAGGUAGGUAUUUAAGGUAAUUGUAUUUGUUUUGCUAAAAUUUAUCUAAGUUAAUUGUUGCUAUAUACAAACUUUUUUUAAUAAUUAAAAAUUUAAAUACGUAUAUCGUUACCUAUACUAUAUUAUAAUAGUCUGUUAGAGUACCUAUAAUCAAGGAUAAUCGCAGU